UACGCCUAUGUGUAUACAAGUAUAGGUAUAGCGUAUAAUUUUCUAGAGUAAAUUAUUAUCUACGAACUUUAGUCUUAAGUAUACACUAUGAUGAAUUAUAACUUAGGUACGAGUAUAAUAUCGUACCACAUUCAGACUUUAAAAUGUUUAAUUUUAGAAUUAAAAAAGUUUGGGGUCUAUACAUAGAUUAAUAUGUCAUGUUUUGGUGGUUAGAGUGGAGACUACGUCAUAUUAUUUUAGAUACAAUGAUUUUCCGUUCAAUAUUGGCAUUAAAUCAUCGCUUCUCUGGUUAUUCAUCCUGAGGUAGUGGUAGAUACAAAUCCAAAAACGAAAAAUCCUAUAGCCGUUUUAUAUUAUAAUGUACAAGUGCCUAUGUACGAACAGCACAAAACAAUAUAUUGUAAUAGGUAUCUACGUGAAUUUUUACCAUCGUCGAUAGACCUGUUGCGACUAGGGAUAAUAUAUAAACAUAAAUUUAUGAUUUACCCGGCACCCAGCCGUAUAUAAUAUGUAUAUACCUACUGCAAGUACGUCUACGAGUAUUUAUUGGCGGUUAUUCUCACCAUAACCGAUUAAAUUCACAAAAUGAGACUGUGGUAGUCACCCACCACCCUAGAGGUGGGCCGCGGCUUGGUUAAUUUAUUUUAAUAGAGUGUAUAUAAUAUAUAAACAAUUAUAAUUUAUACUAUAUCAUAGCUACCUUCGACCUGUGAUAACAUACGCCCGUGAAACCUUGUCGUUGACUAAAGGUGAUAGCAGAAGACUUAUCACGUUCGAGAGGAAAGUGUUACGAACCAAUUAUGGACCAAUCUUCAACCCAGAAACACAGACAUAAACGAAAAAAGAAGCAACGAAAAUAUAAAGUCUCUUUGUAAUAAGCCAGACAUACUAACUACUUUAUUAGGAAAAAACGACUAGAGUGGUUCGGACGUGCAUGGAGGGCAGAUGGACAAUUAAUUAAAAAUGUACUUAUCAAUAAAAUAAAUAAGACAAGACCCCUAGGACGACCCAAAACCCGAUAGAUUGACGUAGUUGCCAAAGGUAUAGAAAUGAUAGACCAGGACGCAACUUUAGAAACAGCAUAUCAGAGAGAGAGGUGCAGGAUAGAGAUUUUGAUGGCAGCGAUGGUCCUGAAUGCCGACGAAGAAGAAGAUAAUUUAUAUAGUACUCGUAAUGGAUUAUGGUCUAUGAACGACGACUGCAGCCUUCGCACUUCGGCAAAGAAAUGAUAAAACAAUUUUUUUUGAAUAUUUAUCGUGCCGUGGUACUAAAUUCGUCACCACACUAUUUGUAGUCUUUCGAAACCGAUACUACGAUGGAGCACGGCAUACAUAAAAUAUGUUAUAUACCGAUAACGUCGUCAGUAUAGGCACAAUUAUACGCACAAUUAAAUACCUCAAGUCAAUAAGGACCACUGGAAGGGACGACGAAGACUUCGGUGUCUGUGUACCUGCGUGUACUAUCAAAAAAUAAUACGUCCUAAUAUUAUGCGGACGCGCAUGUGUGUUUUUGGCGGUGAGCGGUGGUGUUCGGGCGCGGAAGGGGGCGAUGGAAUAGCGGGCGAAGGGUUUGGCCGCCGGAAAGUCAGUCCCCACCCCUGCACACCCUCCGCUCAGGGCCGCAUCAACCACCCCGCGGAGCGCGGAAACGCGGGGCGAGAAGGACGAGGGGCGACGUCGUGCCGCCGUCACUCACCCAAUGGCGCAGGUCCGGCGGCUGAUUGGGGGGGCGUGGCCAGCCGGCAGGCCGCAGCGUACACGCCCGUUCCGCGAACUGCGAGACCCGCGGCAGAGCCGUCUUCCGCAGGACGAUGUCGCCGUGUCGGCCAGUCGAUCGCGCGCAACACGUCCGGUUGACGACUGCAGAACGCGACGCGCACGUCCACAAAAUUAUAUUCACAUCGUACACGCCAGGCGUCACGGCGAUAUAAUUACGACGUGUGACAGAGUAAUAUUCGCGUAUAUUAUUAUUAUAUCGUCGGGAUAUCGUUAUCGCGGUCCGCUCGUCUCGCGUGCAUCGAUGACGGUACAAGUCCGUCGUCGUUUACAAUAACACACCGCUUUACAGUGUAUACCCGACUCCUCGUCCUUUUGGGAUACAUCGCGAGGACAACCGUCGAAGGUGCAACUCUCUGCAACUCGAUCGUCGGACAUCGUCUGGCAUAUAAUAUACACGCCCGGGCCGACAGGUACUAUGAUGAUGUUGCAGAACCCGCUGUUCCAGGAGUACAACACCGCUCUGUCGCAGUUGCUCGAACUGCACCAACAGCAACACCGGUACCAGCACCAGCAGCACCAGCAGCAGCACCAGCAGCAGCACCAGCAGCACCACCACCAUCACCAACAUCACCCCAACAGACAACAGCUGCACCACCGCGCGGCCGGGAACGGGUCGUCCGCCGCCGCAGCAGCGGCGGCAGCAGCAGCAGCGGCAGCCGCGGCCGCGGGAGUGUUCCAGAGUUACGCGGGCGGCGUGAGGACGGCCAGCCGGGACAGCGCCGAGUCGGACGGGCUGAGCUCUUCGUCGCCCAGGCCCUCCAAGCCGUUCACCAUCGACGCGAUACUCGGACUCCAAGCGGGCGCCGUCGUGGGCCAGUCGGCCGCAGCGACGGCCACACUGCCGAUCGACCCGUCCACCGCCGGCCCGGUGGCCGCGCUCGACUUUUCCACCGGUUCGGCAGCGGCUCACGGCAAAAAACAUCGCGAAGACAAAAUUGAUGGUUCCAGUAAAAAACACGGUUGUUCUGGUAAAUCAAAAAGAGUACGAACAAUAUUCACCCCGGAACAAUUGGAGAGGUUAGAGAUGGAAUUCGAACGUCAACAAUACAUGGUGGGUCCAGAAAGACUAUAUCUAGCUCACACGUUACAGCUAACGGAAGCACAAGUUAAAGUUUGGUUUCAAAAUCGUAGAAUAAAAUGGCGAAAACAACAUCUGGAAAUACAGCAACAGAGGUUGGCCAAUAUACACCAACGGAGUACGCAGGGAAUGGUCCAAGAUUGCGAAGAAGACGAGGAUUCGGAGGCGGAAACGAAUAAUUGUUCAUAUUACUCAUAAAAAUGUUACGAAAAAAAUAUGUAGGUAGUUUCCCAUAACUCCGUGUUUAAUAUUGAAACGUGGCAAGUCCAUCCAUCGUGGUUUUAAGGAAUACAUGUAAAUCACUAUAAUAUUAUAGAAUCUCGGGUCUCUCGUGAAAACGUCUGUUUUUCUGAAAUAUCGGACAGAAUAUUUGAAAUGAAAAACUUUUUUUAAUGUUCGUCUUUUUACAAGGCGUAAAUAUUAAUAUCCAUGUACCUAACUAUAGCAUUGUACAUGAAUUGUGGAGAAUCGCCGAAAUCGCUUUUAAACAUAAACUGAUGCCAAAACUGAAGAUCAGACGGAAUUUUGAUGAAAGAGUGAACCUUUACAAAUUGUUGAAAAUCUAAUUAUACACUAUAUCUGAUGUGAUUAAUUUGUAUUGCAAGAUCGUUAGUAAUUAGCAUGUUAGAAUAUAAUAUAUAGGUUAGAUGUUCCAUUAUUAUUAUUUAUAAAAUAUUACCUAUGUUGAUCAAAUGU